GGAUUGCCGGAAUCUCUUGCGUCUUGAGUCGGCCCGGCACUGAUAGUUUAUCGAUCCGUUUCACUUGGCACCCAGCCAAAAGUCCGCGAAAGGUAAUCAAGGGACCGAAGUAGCAUACAAAAAUCUAACGAUUUUUGCCGACGGGAGGUGGCAGGGAUACGUGCUUGCACGUAUGUCUCGCCCCUUACGCACUAUGCUAAACUCAAGUGAUUAAACUGCGAUUAAUCGAGGCUUUUGCCUUCAAAAGAGGUCCUGAGGUGUCCUGAGCGCAUCACGGACACAUUUACAAUCGAUAGUCGUUUUUACCGCAUUAAAAUUCGUUGAUGUUGGCAAAUUUUGUGUUUCGUGAAUCGUUUAUGUUGAUAUGUUUUCCGAUCAUAAUUGAACUUUACUGUACCUACUUGUCCAAUCAAUCAUGACAACAAUAGCGCACUAUUUAUUUUAACCCGUUUGUUUUGAUCCGUCCCAUUGUUUUAAGAUUUGAUUUCACCCACAACACACCCCACUGAUUCUCAUACGAUGACACGCAAGCGACGAGCAAAGGCUGAAACCAAUUAUAAUCCAAUCAAUUGGCAGCCGUCGACGUACGAUGCGGACGAGUCGGACUUAGAGGAAUGGUUUGAAAUGCCUCGUCCGUUGCUCUCGACGCAUCCUAACUACCCGCUAGAGGAGUUAGAGCUGGACCUCGAAGAAACUUUGCAUACCAUCAGGGAGCAAAGGACUUCGGGGGUGAUGAUGCCAGCAGACGUCGGUAAAAUUAAACGUAUCAUUUACCUAUUCAUGCGUGACAUGAACAUCGUCACAUGCGAUGUAAAUUCUCGCUAUUUGCCCCCCAGCGCGACUUGCGAAUACAGGGCGCCGGAAUCAGAACCAGAGGAAGAGAUCGAGUUGAUCAUCCCUAGUUCCGAUUCCGAUGAUUUUGAAAUGUCCUUCAGCGAGACCGAACCUGAUUCGGAAGACCACCUUCAGGUCGAAAAGGGAACGAAAAGGAGCCCAAUGUCACGCUAUUCUUCCGGUUAUUUCUCUCCCGAAAUUGACACCAGUAAGUCGGUGCUUCAUUCAUCGAAAUUUCCCCGAGACUUACCUGGUGAAGCUUUCCAAUCUUCAAAGCAACAAACUUCGAACCCCGAAUCCCUUCGAAAGCAGACCCGAUCGUUCAAGAUCCGGAAAAAGGCCAACCUGAAACUUCGAGCGGAACCUACGGCCAAAGAACUGUGCGAAAACCUGACUUCGAUAUUGGAACCGAACCCUUCAACGAAAAAUCCCCGUUCCGGACGCACACCUGGAACCCCCCAAAAGGUAUUUUCUCACAACAAAAAGAAAAACAAAUCAAUUUAAAUUUUCAAUAAAUUUAUUUACUUUUUCUUUCACUGUUCACUUUCAAUUUUUUUCGGCAGUUUGCCAUCAGACCGGUGAGGUGUGGGAGUAUCCAGUUUUCCCCAAGUGCCGGCGGCAGACAGCGCUGGAUGGA